UGAGACUAAUAUUGACUAGACAUUUUACAGUUAGUUGUAGCAUGCCGAUUAGUCAGAACAAAAUGUAAACACGUGCAUUGAGAAAGAAGAAACUCUAUAGAAAGCAUUAUCGUGCAUGGUCGCUACUUCUGUUACUUCCUUUUUACGGAACUUGCCUUGUGCUUCCUUGAAGUAUACCUAGGUCGUUCUCAGAACGUGCACGCUUUCUGUAUAGCCUACAUCAGCAGUGUUGUUUUGGGAGGCAAGAUCACACGCGCUGGUCCAGGGCACCGCUCACGACCGAGGGUCAAGAGCACCGUGCGAACGCGUCACCUGCAAAUGCCUAUUGACGAGCAAUGUCUUCGAAUUGCUCUAGGAUGCAACAUUGGACUCCAGUUCACAGUCAAAUAUAUUGAUUUAUAUUAUUUUGAAGUUAGGUCAGUAUGUAGGAAUGCCUUACAUGACUAUCGCGAUAGCGUAGUUUUAAUUUGAGUUUAAGUGUUUUUAGAUUUUUUUUUUUAUUACUUUGAACUUGUUACAUUUUUGUUCUUUCUGUAGAGGAACAAUAUGAAGUUCAACGGGUAUCUGAAGCUUAGAAUUGGUGAGGCGCUGGACCUCAAACCAACUACUUUUUCUCUUCGUCACUCUGUAAUGUUCAACAAAACGGCUCCCACUCUAGACCCUUACCUUGUGAUAAAGGUGGACGAGUACAAAAUUGGACAAACGCAUACAAAACAGAAAACCAACAUGCCAACUUACAACGAAGAGUUUUGCCUCAAUGUCAACGACGGCAAGCAUAUAGAGUUGGCUGUAUUUCAUGAUGCACCCAUAGGGUAUGACGACUUUGUUGCCAACUGCAUUAUUCAAUUUGAGGACUUGAUCAAAACCUCGAACACAGAAGAUACUUUUGAAGGAUGGGUGGACCUGGAGCCAGAGGGCAAGGUGUACAUACUCAUAGCACUAAAUGGCUCCUUCAUUGAUGAUGACGCCACUGGGAAUGUGAAGGUGUUUAAGCAGUUCAACAGGAAGAGGCAGGGGGCCGUGAAACGCAAAAUUCACCAGGUCAACGGACACAAGUUCAUGUCCACAUUCCUACGGCAGCCCACCUUCUGCUUCCACUGCAAAGAGUUCAUCUGGGGUGUUUUUGGGAAGCAGGGUUACCAAUGCCAAGUAUGCACUUGUGUGGUUCACAAGCGAUGUCAUCAGUUGGUUGUCACGGUGUGUCCACGCAUGAAGAAGCCUGUCAAGGAGCCGACCACCAAUCAAGGCUUCAGUAUCAACGUCCCCCAUAAGUUUAACAUCCACAACUUUAAGGCACCCACCUUCUGUGACCACUGUGGUUCUCUACUGUGGGGCCUUGUCAGACAGGGUCUACACUGCAAGAUCUGUAAGAUGAACGUACACAUCCGCUGUAAGGGCAACGUAGCACCCAGCUGUGGGGUCAACAGUGUGGAGCUGGCCAACAAGCUGGCAGAGAUGGGGCUGCAGGCUGGGGGGCUCUCCAAACGCAACUCACUGUCUUCUGGAGGGCAGGGCCAGGAGCGGGCCCUCAGUGUGAGGAGGGAGAGUGGAAACCCUCAGCAGCAGACCAGACGGCUUGGUAUCACUGACUUCACCUUCCUACAGGUGUUGGGGAAGGGCAGCUUCGGCAAGGUGAUGCUGGCUCGGUUGAACAGCAGUGAGCGGGUGUUCGCAGUUAAGGUGCUGAAGAAGGACAUAAUUCUGCAGGAUGAUGAUGUUGAGUGCACAAUGACAGAGAAGAGAGUGCUGUCACUAGCUGGCUGCCACCCCUACCUCACUCAGCUCUACUGUUGCUUUCAGACACUGGACCGCCUGUUCUUUGUGAUGGAGUUUGUCAACGGGGGCGACCUCAUGUUCCACAUCCAGAAGUCCAGGAAGUUUGAGGAAGGCCGUGCUUGCUUCUACACUGCCGAGAUCACCUCUGCACUCAUGUUCCUGCACAGCAAGGGCAUCCUCUACAGGGAUCUUAAACUGGACAAUGUGCUCCUUGAUAAGGAUGGACACUGUAAGCUGGCUGAUUUUGGCAUGUGCAAGGAGGGCAUGUUUGAAGGUGUGGCCACGGGCACCUUCUGUGGGACGCCUGACUACAUCGCCCCAGAGAUUCUUCAGGAGAUGCUGUAUGGACCGUCUGUGGACUGGUGGGCUCUCGGGGUGCUGCUCUACGAGAUGCUGUCUGGCCACGCCCCCUUCGAGGCAGAGAACGAGGACGACCUGUUUGAGUCCAUCCUGAAUGAGGAGAUUAUCUAUGCAUCCUGGCUGAGUGCUGAUGCAGUCAAUAUCCUGAAAGCUGCAACCAGUUGAGUUCCUGAAAGCAGCUCCUGCCUAUGUGAGUAUGUGGACUCCCCUUCAAUACUGCCCUGAUCAGCUAAUUCUAGGCUAUCUGGAGUACUAGCGUAUUCAAAAUGGCAUUGAAUGAGGGCAGUGGCUAGCACUCUCAUGGAGUCCUUAUUAAGCAGCUUGGACUUUCUAGCCAAAAACGUAGUCUUGGGUGGGGGAGGGAUUUGUAGCCGUCACGGAAGGGAGAGUAUUAAUGUUCUGUUAACUGUGUUUGGGUCUGGUGUGGCAAGACCUAUUAAUCUUGGGGUGGACUGGAGGUGAAUCUGGUCCCAUUUCUCAUUAGUUUUGGCUGAUUGGGAAUGUCACUGCUAGCCCCUAGACUCCUCAGCCAACACAGCAGUCCAAUACAUUAAUUUGUUCCUCUGGAAUCACUCCUCAAGGAAAUGUGAGAGACUGUGUUUAAUUUAGUUUUGUUGUGUUUUCUUUGACUCUUCCCCUUGGAUGCUCAAACCCACCAACGUCAGAUGUUGUUGAGAAAAAUGUAAGGUCCACAUACAGUAUUUAGUCCAGGAAAUUGUUGCUUUGUUUUGUUGACACAGUUCAGAUAAAUUUAAUUUACAAAACACAUCUGUGUCUCUCCAGACGCCAAGCUGAGCCGGAAAGGAGGUGCUACUGGGCCUCGGGGUGUGUGUUUCUGCAAGUGUGUCAGGGGGGUGGAUGGGAUGGCAUUCAAGGUCGAACCAAAGCUGAUCUCUACAGUCAUAUUAUAAGCCACAUUCAAAUUAUUUACUUCAUUAACACACUUUAUUUUACUUUUAUUCACUUCUCAUAUGCAAUUAUAUUUCUGUUCUCUCCACAGUUCCUGACUAAGAACCCAGCCCGGCGUCUAGGCUGCAUGGCGGAAGAGGGCGGGGAGAAUGCUGUGACUAGCCACGCCUUCUUCAUUGGAAUCGACUGGGACAAGCUGAACCGCAGGGAGCUGGAGCCGCCUUUCAAACCC